AUGGAAUUGGAGGGCGAGUGUUCCAGUUUGCACCAAUACACUCCAGUGGAGGUAACACCCAGCAGGAGGGAACGUGUAGGUCGAAAGCACGUGCACCGGGUAGAAUGGGAACUUGUUACGCCCGACACGGUUUCCCCCCUCAGGGCUGACACUGUGCGGCCCGCGGUCGCGCUCGGGGCGGGAGUGACGCCGGUCUCUGCCCUAGGGAUCCGCUUCAACACCGGCGCCGGGCAGCACAUCCUGAAGAACCCGCUCGUGGUCAACAGCAUCAUCGAGAAGGCUGCCCUGCGACGUACAGAUGUCAUUCUGGAAGUGGGCCCUGGAACUGGUAACCUGACAGUGAAGAUGUUGGAGAAAGUAAAAAAAGUGAUUGCUUGUGAAAUUGACCCCAGACUUGUUGGUGAACUUCAGAAGAGAGUCCAGGGCACGUGUCUGGCAAACAAACUUGAAAUCAAGGUUGGAGAUAUCCUGAAAACAGACUUGCCAUUCUUUGAUGCAUGUGUGGCUAACUUGCCUUACCAGAUUUCUUCACCUUUUGUUUUCAAGUUGUUGCUUCAUAGACCUUUUUUCAGGUGUGCAAUACUUAUGUUUCAAAGGGAAUUUGCACUUCGUUUGGUUGCAAAACCAGGAACUAAACUAUACUGUAGACUCUCUAUUAACACUCAGUUAUUAGCUCGAGUCGACCACCUCAUGAAGGUUGGAAAGAACAACUUCAGGCCUCCUCCCAAAGUUGAAUCCAGUGUUGUCAGAAUAGAGCCAAAGAACCCACCACCACCUAUCAACUUCCAGGAGUGGGAUGGUCUGGUAAGGAUAGCCUUUGUUAGGAAAAACAAGACUCUCUCUGCAGCAUUUAAGUCAAGUGCUGUAGAGCAGUUGCUGGAUCAUAAUUACCGAAUUCAUUGUUCCUUACAUAAUACAGAAAUUCCUGAAAACUUCAAAAUUGCAGAGAAAAUACAGAUGGUCCUAAAAAAUACAGGUUAUUCUGAAAAAAGAGCCCGUUCAAUGGAUAUAGAUGAUUUCAUUAGAUUGCUGCAUGGCUUCAAUUCAGAAGGCAUCCAUUUCUCAUAG